AUGGUCUCUAGUCCCUCUUCGACACGCUCCCCAUGCAUCGGUUCUUCGCUUCCUCAAGAGCUGGUGGAUAUCAUCGUUGAAGACAUUGGCUCGGAUGAUAGACCGUCGCUCAAAGCCUGUUCUCUGAUAUCGCGCAGCUUCUGCGCUCCAGCCCAAAAGCUGCUCUUUCAGUCAUUCCGACUCCUGCCCUCCUUGUAUCGCAGCCUUUCCCUCGCAACGCUUGACGAGCUUCAGGCGCGCUCCCCGCAUAUCAGCAACCAUGUCCGUCGUCUUACUAUCCACUGUACCAGCUCUCGACUGGGUGAAGGGGCGCCGUGGAUGGCGGAGGAGCAACUCUCACGGGUCUUACCCCGCUUCAAGCACCUGACGACGCUCAUCGUGGACUCGAGGCCAGGGAUCGGGGGCAAUGAGGAUUGGAUCCGGCUGCGUUUCCCACUCUCUUGGUGGCUUCUGUCGUCGCCAACACAAACGGCCCUGUCCCGCGCCAUUGCACAGCCGCAACUCACGUCGCUGACCAUUCGCGGCGUCACCUUCUGGUCCGGGCUGGAUCUGUGGACUGCUGUGUGCCUGCCAGGCGUGGCCCGCACGCAACUGCAGCAUUUGUCAUUAUCCGAAGUCGAUGUACAAGAAUUGUGGUCCGGACUCGGCACUGAAUACUUGAGUCCCAACAAACUCCGGCUCCAAUCUCUUGCCCUCAAGAGCGAUCAUGCUAGAUUUAUGAGGCUAGUCCCCGGAAUUGUGGACAUCUCUGUCCUGCAGCACAUCAAACUACACAUUCAAAACAUGUCCUGCGAAAAAAUGGUACAGGCUGCAUUUUUGCGAGAUAUGCGCUGUUUGGAACGUCUGACCAUCGUUCUGGACGACAGCCUUUACUCGAACAGCUGUGAGCUUGUCAUCAGCGACCUUGCUGUCCUCCGAACACUCGACAUUCAUUUCCAACUAUCCUACCAUCCUAGCCGAUGGAUUUUUAGCGUUGUCUCUCAGGCUUCACUCACCCACCCUGGCUGCACCAGCCCACUCACCCAGUUAAUUCUCGAGAUCAGUGUUACUCUCGCCGACAUCCAAUACCCCGAAGACACCGGGAGUCUUGUCUCGACUCUCCGAUAUCUGGUUCCACCCUUGCGCUUGGGGGCCGAUACCGGCUUCACACCGUUGCUGACCAUCAGGGUCGCGCCCGACAAUGUUCAUUUCACUUUUGAAGAGAUUAGUAGCGUGAAAGCUGACGUGCUUGAAGUCGUAGGGAAUCUGGGCUUGCACACCGAAGUUGAAGUCGUUGACUAUUGGAACGUGCAAGGGAUGGCUCCAAUAAGAGAGCCUAGAGAGGGCGGAGAAUCUCAGCCUGGAGGCUGUUGA